AUUUGCAACAAACCUCUAAGCCUGGUGUCUGCUCCAUAGCGCCGUCUACAGGAACCCGCUGGCUUCCAGCGGCAGAGCCAUUGGGAGAGGGCAGUGUAGGCUAGAAGCCUCAUUGUGCCGUCUCAGCUCUGUGAGAAGGGUUGCCAGGAGUUCCAGAAGAUCACAAACUCUUCCAGGAUUCCCAUGCCCGGACUUAGCUCGAGGAGCAAGCAGGCUGAGUCUCCUAGCUUGGAAUCAGAGCCGAAGCUCUUGCGCCUGGGACCCUGAAUAUUUCUGGGUUGGGCAACAAUGCGUCCUAUAUUGAAGAAGAGAUCUGGACAAGUCGGCUGUCUGUCCCCAGGAAAGUUCUCAACAAAGGGCUGCAAUAUGAAAGGUGGAGGACACAGACAAAGGAAAAGAGAUAUGGAACCGGCGGGCCUGCAGACCAAAGCCCCUGACGAGCCUCCUCCCUACCCAUCUAAUGUUUCACAGAGUAAUGCCGAUUCCCCCCACCACCCUUCCCAGGCAUACAGUAAGAGUCUAGCAGAAACCCUGGCCAAAUACAUCGGGAAGUCAAAGAGAAGAGCCAGGCUGUGGGAGCUCCAGAAAGCCGAUGCGAAAGGGAUCAGUGGGGUGACAUUCAGCUUGAUACCCACAUACUUUGGGGCCUUCCCGUCUUACACUUCCAUAGAUGAUGACAUGGAUGAAGCCACCAGCAAGGGUCCUGUCUUCAAUCCUGAGCGGGUCACUGCCCACUGCUUCAGGCACUUGAAAAAGAAAGACUUCCACCUGCCACAGAGCCGCAGGCGAAUCAUCAUUGUAUCUGGGACAAAGGACCAGGUGCCAGCCCACCCGGCGAUGCCCGCUAAAGCUCCCCCUCCACCCAUACCUAGCUUCAAAACUCUAGAUAUUGGAGACCUUCAAGAGCCACCAGUGGACAGGAAGGUCUGGCUGAGCCAGAGGGCAAAGCUCCGGAGGCAGCUGGAGUCAUUUGGUGAUGUCAAGACGUGGCUGGAGAAUAAGCCCGACAUCACACCAUCAGAGGCCAAGGUUCUGCUCAUGAUUCGCCAGGAGAAAAAAGCCCCCAAAGAUACCUUCACUUCAACCAGGACAACCAAGGCCAAAGCUCCCAGACCUAUCCGUCAACCUCUACCCCAGCUGCGAUUGCCCAAGCCCUCUAUCUUGGCGGACUUGUACUCCUACCUGCGUAGCCGAAAGAUCAAGAUCCUGGACGUAUUUAGCAAGGUAGAGCGGGGUGAGAACCAGCGCAUCACCAGGGAGGAAUUCAUCAUGGCUCUGAAGACAAUUGGAGUUCCUCUGAAGAACCAGGAGCUGGAGGACAUAAUCAUCUACCUUGGCUCUCUCGGGAAGCAGAACGCCAUCACCACCGAUGCCCUGGCCAGCACUUACAAGCAGUGGUCACUGGCCCAGCAGAGAAGCACCCUGCCCACUGCCAAAGAGUAUUACAGUUUGACCAGGAAGAAAGCUUCACUGAAGCAUACCGCACAAAAGCAGCAGGCUGUCCCAGCCCCCAAGCCUCCCAAGAUGGACCUGCUGACGGUGCCUGAGGUUGAUACAAAGAUGGAGGGGCGGCCCAUGACAGAGGAAGACAUGGAGGAUGUGGGCAAGCGGUACCGAGAGAGGCGGAGGCAACACAAGCUCUGUCUCCCCUCCAUCCAAUAUGUGGAGAGCUGCCGGCUGGUUCGAUCUGGGACAAAGGCCUUUGAUGAUCACUGCCUGCCAUCCACCAUUUCUGGGGAGAUGGAGGAGCUGGUUAAUGAGGCCCGCAAGAAUAACUUCCUGGUCUACCUGCAGUGCUGGGAACUCUGCGAGUCCUAUGGUCUCCCACUGACUGAGGACAUCCUCAUGAGAGCACUACUGUACCCAGGAGACAAGAUAAUUACUCUGAAAGAAGAAGUCCGCCCGAUCCGGCAGCCUGGAGGCUAUUAUGUAGACGAAAAGAUUAUCUAUAGCCUGACUGGAUUUGGGAUCAAUGGCUUCCACAAGCUUGGGAUGAUGACGAGAAACAAGAAAACAUCAAAGAAACUCAAGAAAAUGCACUUCCAGGAGUUCGAGGAGUUUACUGGAAAGCUGAAGGCCAAGAAAAUCAGUGGACCCUCAUAUACCCACCCCAAUCACUUCUGGCCUGGUCACCUUCUGGAUAAGCUGCGGCUCUUUCUGCCCACUGUGGCCCCGGACAAGAGCCAGGCAAUCUUCAGCUUUGUGGAACACAAGCGCCAUGUUUACAGUGCUGCCUACCACUCUAAGGACUGGUGGCCCCUGAAAGACUGGGCAUACAUGAUACAUGCCUAUUAUGAUGCAAACAAGGUGUACUCCAUCACCUAGAGUGGCCUAGGGGCUUCUGGGCCAGAAGACAGUGCAGCCAGGGCCGCACAGCUGCAGGCAUGAGAUAUCAAAGAGCCAUACAAAAGAAACAGUCUCAAGUGCCUGGAGGUGUGGAUGUGUCCAGGCACAUAUAUGCUGUGUUUGCUACCCUGUCAUGACCUAUGCCCUUUUGAAAUAAACCAGGUUAGAGCUGA